CACUUUGUUGAUAAAUUGAAAGGUUCGUAUCAAAAUACAAACACGAUGUUAUAGUCAAUGAUUCAUUGUGAUUUCUGCACGAUUCAUUCAAUAAUUGUAUGUGGAUACGACUGCACGUAGUAUUUCCAGUGAAUUUGUCUGUUAAAAUUUGAUAUUGGCGAAAUAUCAGACUUAAAUGUGUGCUUUUUGCUUCUGUAUUACAUUGUUUAAAUUUCGACACAACAAUCAAGUUCAAUACCCUUUACAUCGAGUACUGUUACGCGAAGUUACAUUAUUUUAGUUUUUACACCAGCGAAUUUUAAAACAAAGAAUAUAGUUAUUUCCAAGAUGUGGUCGCAUUUGGAACGUGGCAGCUCACCUGUGGAUUGGUGUGAAUCGAAUUAUUCCAUUACACCUAUGAUAGCAGAAUUUGUUAAUACGGUUAGCAAUGUACUGUUCUUUUUAUUUCCGCCAGUAUUGAUACACCUUUUCCAAGGAUAUGCUAAAUUUUUCAAUCCAGCUAUUAAUAUUUUGUGGGUGCUAUUGAUGGUUGUUGGAAUAAGUUCAGCAUAUUUCCAUGCAACUCUAAGUUUAGUGGGACAAUUGCUGGAUGAACUUGCAAUAUUAUGGGUGUUCAUGGCUGCAUUUGCAAUGUUUUUACCGAAACGAUAUUUCCCAAAAUUUUUAGGUGGCAACAGGAGAGUGCUAGCAUUCUAUUCUAGCAUUUUCUCGGUGUUGUCCACGGGAUUUCUGGUGAUGCACCCGAAAGCAAAUGCCUUUGCUCUAAUGACCCUAGCGUUACCUUCCCUGGGAUUCUUAUGUAAAGAGUUGAAAAGAGUAAAAUGCGCGCGCGUUUAUCGCCUCGGCUUACGUUGCGUUGCCGUCAGCCUCCUCGCCAUGUUCUGUUGGAUCAUCGACCGAAUGUUCUGCGAUGCGUGGCUUUACAUCGACUUCCCAUACAUGCAUGGCGCUUGGCACAUACUAAUAUUCAUAGCGAGUUAUACAGCCCUUGUACUGUUCGCGUAUUUCAAUGUAUCCGAAGAAAGGCCGGAACAAAAACCCCAACUGCGGUAUUGGCCGAUUAACGAUUUUGAGUUGGGUGUGCCGUACAUAACUAUAAAACAUCCUUGCAAGAAAGACGAUAAUUUGGCUAUUUAAUUUGUUAAUGACACAAAAAUGGUAUUUGUGUUUGGGGACAAAACAACUCUAUUUAUAUGGGAACUGCCUGAUAAAGUCGGUGUAUUUUUUUCUUGCUUUGUAUAAAGUGAUUAUGUAAUGUGAUUGUUUUAAUUCAUUCAGUCCAUGCGUGUACAAAGACUGGCCAUACUUAAACUGUAUUUUAUUGUAAAUGUAUUUUCUAUUUUUGCAAUUGGCAGCUUACAUAAAAUUAAUCUCAUUAUAGGUAUUUCCUAUUUAAAUGGAGUUGUAUAAAGUAUUUUUGUAAUUAUUUAUGUAUUUAGUGCCAAUCUGUGAUGUUUAGAUUAAAUGAAUUUAAAUUGAGUGCAAUGACUAAUUUUAAGAGUGACAAAGCGUGUAUCUUUUUAUUAUUUAGGCGUUUUUUUUAAAGUUGUCAAGUUUUAACAAUAUUUAAUCUGUGUAUAGUUUACUUUGUUCCUACUUUAUUGCUUGUAUUUAAAUAUUUUUUAGCUGUUAGUUCCAGCUGGUAAAUUUAUAUCUUUAUUUUUUACAUCGUAAAUUACACGAAGUAUUAGCUUGAAAAGCAGCUGUUUAGUAUUGUGAUGGUUUACUAAGUCUGCAUAGUUUUACAUAAAUAUAGUUUUAAUUUGCGUUAAAUUGUAAUUUAGUGUGAUUAAAAGCAAUUUGUUAGAAUUUUAACUGAUAGAAAUAAGAUCUGAUUUCAAUUGUAUUCUAUUUGACCUUUUUUCUUUAAAAUAAUAAUGUUUCAAAGAUAUCCUUGAUUGUUUAAAUAGUUUUUAUGUGAUACAUAUGCAUUCAUUGAAACGCAUUUGACAAUUAUGUGCACUAUUAAUAUACUU